UGAUAACGUUCUCACACGCCAUAUUAUAUUUUGAUUAAUCUUUGUAGUAUUCACUUUGCUAGCGGCCCUGAUAGAUCGUUUGUGUGUAUGCGUAUGAAAAAAGUGCGUUGUUUUGCGGUAAAGCGAAAUCUGCAGCUUUAAUUGAUCUAAGAUGAGCAGCAGGAUGCAUAGGCGCCAAAGUCCGACUUCACGACAAGAAUCAGAAAUGGCGGUCAGAAAUUUAAGAGAAUUAAACGCAGCUGGGAAUGUCGGAGAUCCUGUCGAACGCCUUCGAUUGUUGUGCCUUUCUAGAGGAGCAACAGGGAUAUUAGGUUUGGGAAGAUUAUUUAGAAUAAUGGAUGACGACGGUAGCAGAAAUUUAAAUCAAGAAGAAUUCUUACAUGGACUCAAAGAAGUAGGGUUAGAAUUAUCGGAAGAUGACACCAAAGAAAUAUUUCAGAAAUUCGAUACAAACGGAGAUGGAAGUAUUAAUAUUGAAGAAUUCUUAAUACACAUUAGACCACCACUGAGCGAUUCAAGAAAAAAAGUAAUAGACGAAGCGUUUCGAAAAAUGGAUAAAACGGGAGACGGCGUAAUAACGAUAGAUGAUUUAAGAAACGUUUACAACGUAAAAGCGAAUCCUCGUUAUAUUGCCGGCGAAGAUAGUGAAGAAUCGAUCCUGACCAGAUUUUUAGGCAAUUUCGAAAACGAAUCAACCAAAGAUGGCCAGGUGACCAAAGAAGAAUUUUUAAAUUACUAUUCAGCGAUAAGUGCCUCUAUUGAUAACGACUGUUAUUUCGAUUUGAUGAUGAGACAGGCUUACAAACUUUAAGACAUUUUCACACGAAAAUCCACCAGCUUGUUACAAUUGACUACUACAAAUUUUGAAGCAGAAUUAAGAAAUAACGUUUAUUAUUUUCUAAGCACUACAGUUUUUUCGCAGCACAAAUUAAAUUUUAAACAUUGUUAUCAUCUUAAUUAAGUAGAUGUUUAUUUAAUAGUAGAUGUUAAUUUAAAAAAUAAAGCAAAUUUUAUCAGCUUUUGUUAUAUGAAUAUACGAUUUUUAAGUUUUAUUGGCACUUCGGAUAAUUUACAGAAUUGUCCAUGAAAAUAGUAGUCCCUUUUUUUCAGUAUUUAAUUGCCCGAAAUUAUGUUCCUGUACGUAUUUUUAUACACUCCAGUAAUUCUUAUUUAAACAAAAUGUUUUUAUGGAAUACUUUAUACAGCAUUUCGUAUUAUGUAGAUCUCUAAUAAUUCCUAUAGGGAAGGAUUGUAUGUAUCACUACAAGAAAAAAUCGUUGUAAAAUCGGGUGUGCCAAUAAUACUAAAAAAUAAUGUUAUACAAUUAGUCAAAUUUUAUCAUACAUGUUAAAAGUAUCUAAUAACUUUUACAUUUAUAAUUAUUGUUGAAGAAAAAUAUGUUUGUAUUUCAAAUGUUCUUUUUUAUAUUGUCCAUACACCCAAAUAAUCAGACUAUAUCAGUACAGCGUAUUUUUCUUUUUCAUGUUUUAUUAAACAACAAAAACAAAAUGUGAUUUAUAUAAAACAAUUUUAUUGAUAAAUAUACAUAAGUAUUUAAUAACAUAAACAUAUAUUUUAUUUCGAAUUGCACUUACUUACAUUAUUAAUAAAUUUACAAAUAGUAAAAAAAUAUCACAAUUUUGAACAUUUAUAAUAUAACAAUUUUUGUGAUUAAAAUACAUAAUUAAUAAAACUUAAUAUUAUUUCAUUUAUUGCAACUUCAUAAAAAUGUACGUUUUUUAAAACUCUUACAAAAAUACUAUGACACGCGUUUUCUUGAAACGGCAAGAAAAUGUGGCUUAGAAAAAUACUGUUUAAACACUGCGUUAAAGUACAGUCAGCCAAAAUUAUUGGUUAAUAUUAUUUUUAAAAUACAAAAUUGGUCUUUUGGAGUAAGUAAUAAGGGCGUUUGGAACAUUUCCCCUAGAUCAAUGGUAAACUUGUGAACAGCUGAUAUGAAUGCAUGCCGUUUGACGUUGACUUUUUUUGCAAGGUUCCUGGAAAAAACGGACACUGACUAUCUUUACGGCUCAAAUACGGCUAUGGUCACUGAUUCUAGUCGGCGGGUGGACUAAACGGAUGGGCGGGGUGUCAGAUCGGCAACCUGCCAUUAGCAGAUUUCCGAUCGAACGGCUUGCCUAUCAGUACAGUUUGCGAUUAAUGUACACAGCUAAGGCAUAAAGGCGUUUUCGGAAACUUACUCGGAUCAGAAAGAUUAUGGAUCCUAUUGUUCGUUUUGUGAACCACUCUACGAGUAGAUUAGUAAUAGAUCCGCGAGCGCACCGCAGGAUUUUUUAAAUGGAUAACGCAAUUUUUUGGUAUUUGGUGUCUGCCAGUAGUAGAUUUGAAGUGUUUUCUACAUUCAAUUAGUUAAUAGUUAAUGCCCAUAUUGCGACUUUAUUAUUCAGAUUACAAAUAAGUUUAAUUAAAAUGGUUUUUUAACUAAUAGGGGGGAAAAGUCAAAGAUUGACAGCCGUAGAUAAACAGGAUCCAUAAUCCAACUCAUUCGUAAACUGUCGGCACUAAGUUCAGUGAUCCACGUGAUCCAUCAGGUAAAACCAGUAAUCUGGAUUUGUUAUCUAUAGUAGGUUUCCGAAAAUGCCUAUAGACAAUAUUAGAAAAUAGCACAAUGAAAAUCCUGUUUUUUCGUUCGCCUUUUUAGGGAAAACACAAAAUUUAAUUCAGACAAACUUCCUACUAAAUCACUUACUGUUUAUCAGCGUCUUUGCCAGAAUGGUCAAAUAAUGCUACUAAAAGUGAGGAGUUAAUUCUUAAAGGUCAAAUGACGAACAUCCUGCAUUUUGCAGUCCGGUAUAAACAUCUGCCAUGGCCCCUUGUUAAACAAGAAGGCCGAAUAAAGAAGAUCUCGUUAUUCUUAAAUCUGAAAAUGUAGAUGUAUGUAAAAUAAAGAACAUUGUCUUUACUUCUUAUACAAAGCGACGUUGCCAUUAUUCUAUAGAUGAUUAUUUUUUAUCAGAUAUGUAAAAAAAAGAGGGAAAUUGUUCCAGUUGCCCCAUUGCCUACUUUUUGGUUAUCAUUUGGAAUGAGAUUAACUACAGUACCUUUUCAAUUAGCUUACAAUGACAUCAUUAACAAUAAUCCAGAAUAAACAGGAAUAGAAUCGGUAUCUAUUUAAAAAAUAAAAUAUUUAUUAUGGCAAGAUUGGCGACAAUGUAAAACCAUUAUCAUCAAAUAUAUACUUUUAAAUGCACUGGAAUUGUACCGUUUUCAGUAAUUGAGUCUUUUUAGCAGAACCGUUUCCGUUAUUAUUUAGGUAUUCUCGUAUUGCAAUUACCGUGCAAUACAACAACGUCGUGAUUGCAUUUAAAAUAAUCCGCGAAUAUACUACUGUAACCGUGAUCUCUCCACCAUGUGCAGAGCUGUCUAUUGAAGCCGCAAUUAAGGGUUUGUAUCAGAUGAGGAUGUUCAUAACCCACCAAAGUGUAAAAAUCUUGAUCUCCGAGAUGGCCUCGAAACCUGAG